CAGUAUGAAUAACUUUCUAUACGGUAAACAGCAGCCGCCUCAGUAAACCGGGAAUAUUCGGUUUAGAAAGCGCGUUGGCCGAUGCUGUGCGGAACCGAGUGCAGCCACUCGGACGAUAAUCAUGCAUUCAUAAUGCAAACUGUGUAAACACACGAGAAUCAUGCAGCGGAACAUGAGCGUGAUGGUCGGAUCUCUGUAGGUGAAUCGAUUCACUCAGGCGCAGUACUUUACAGCAGCAAGUCUAAAGUGAAUCAGGAGUCGGUUGGGUGAGCCUGUCAUCCCAGCACGGUUUAUGAGAUUAAAAAGGUAUUCAUUAUCUGCAGAAAUUGAUCACUAAUCGGACACCCAAGUUGGGGGUUACAAGUUAAUGAAACCCUCCCACACAGCCCUCGCGCCCGUCCUCAGAGCUCCUCCCACAAGCCCGUCAUCAUGGCGAUGAGCAGCGAUCCCGGCAGCGCGGGGCCAGAGCUCGACCCUGACUUCUCGAACCCCUCCACUGAGCAGACCACACUCGCUGACAAGAUGGCUGCCAUCACGAUAACGGACCCCUCCACUAACGGGCUGAGGAAUGGGGCUGGGCUGAAAAGGGCUUCAGCACAGAGGCCACACCUCUCAGGGAGGAAGAUGUCACUGCAGGAGAGAGGGACGCACUUAUCGCCACGUCGCCCCACUGUCGAGUCCAAGCGGGUGUCGAUCUCCGACUCACAGGACUAUAUCCAGCUUAACCAGUACAAACUGAAGUGUGAGAUUGGAAAGGGCUCGUAUGGAGUGGUCAAACUGGCCUACAACGAGGACGACGACAAGUAUUAUGCAAUGAAAGUGGUGUCCAAGAAGAAGCUGAUGAAGCAGUGUGGCUUUCCACGACGUCCUCCUCCUAGAGGCCCUAAAGCAGCGGCAGGUGAACAACCUAAAGUGCUCGGCCCCCUUGAGAGGGUCUACCAAGAGAUUGCCAUCCUGAAAAAGUUGGACCACCUCAACAUAGUCAAACUGGUGGAGGUGCUGGAUGACCCAGCGGAGGACAAUCUCCACAUGGUGUUUGAGCUAAUGCAGAAGGGGCCUGUGAUGGAAGUGCCUACAGACGGCCCCUUAACUGAAGAGCAGGCACGCCUGUACUUUAGAGAUAUCGUCCUGGGCAUCGAGUACUUGCACUAUCAAAAGAUCGUCCACCGGGAUAUCAAGCCGUCCAACCUGUUGCUGGGAGAUGACGGCCAUGUGAAGAUUGCUGAUUUUGGCGUUAGUAACCAGUUCGAGGGCAACGACGCCUUGCUUUCCAGCACUGCAGGGACUCCGGCUUUUAUGGCCCCAGAGACGCUGUCUGACAACCGCAAGAGCUUCAGUGGAAAGGCUCUUGAUGUGUGGGCAAUGGGCGUGACGCUCUACUGCUUUGUCUAUGGAAAGUGUCCUUUUAUCGACGAGUACAUCCUGGCUCUCCAUAAUAAGAUCAGAAUUAAGCCGGUGGAGUUCCCUGAGACGCCUCCUAUCAGUGAGGGUUUGAAGAACCUGAUCAUAAGAAUGCUGGACAAAAAUCCAGACAACAGGAUCACCAUUCCUGAGAUUAAGCUGGAUCCGUGGGUGACUCAGGAUGGUGCUGACACAUUGCCGUUAGAAGACGAGCACUGUACAGUGGUGGAGGUGACAGAGGAGGAUAUAGAGAACUCUGUUAAAUUUGUUCCCAGUCUGUCUGCAGUGAUCCUGGUAAAGGCCAUGUUGCGAAAACGUUCAUUUGGAAACCCUUUUGAGUGUCCCACAAGGAGAGAGGAGCGGUCCAUGUCUGCCCCAGGAGACCUGCUUAUGGAUUCGUGGCCGUUCCGGCCCUCUCUAAAACUGCACCCCUCUUUAAGCAGUGGAGAAGGUGGAAGAGAAGCAGAGUUGGAGGACCUGGAUGAAGAUGAACCACCGUCCUCUUCUGAUGAUCACUCAUAAUUCUAUGUGCUCAUCAGUCAAUCAGCUCAUCAUAUCUCCCCCUUACUACCCAUUCCUACUGUACAUGGAUACAUAAAUCAACCACUACACCAUGCUCCCGCUGCCUGGAAAUUUUUGAUUCUUCAAUAGAAAUUUCUUGAUCCUAAGCACCUCAACACUGAGCCCUGACUAAAUGCUCGACCCUUUUGUUUUUCUGUAUAUUGAUUUUCCAUCCAGCCACAUCCAACACAGAAGGCUUUUCCCAUAUUUCAGUGUGGGUGCCAUCCAGCUGACGUUCCUUCAGUGAUAUUAGUACAGGAGGAUCUUUCAAAACACGUUCCAGUUGCUGUGCUAGCUACAAAAGUGUACAAACUGUAUGAAAUUACCCGGUUUAAACAGGAAUUAUUCCAAGUCAUAAUAACAGACAUGUUAUGCC